UAGCAGUAACUGACAUGAAUCCUCUUUUUGCGUGCGCAUUCAUCGCCCUGGCAGGGCUAGCCCUUGCUGAGCCGCCAGUCGGAUACAACUACAACAGACCGAGCGGUGGUGGCCACUCAUCAGGAGGUGGUGGUUACUCCGGCGGCGGUGGAUACUCAGGCGGUGGUGGUUUCUCCGGAGGCGGUGGUUUUUCAUCAGGCGGAGGUGGUUACACCCAAGUCUCCUCAGGUUACCAGUCCAACGAGGGCGCUCAGGUUGAUGGUGCCCUCCUGGAGCAGAUCCGCCAGAUUCUUCUGAAGGAGGAGAGCCAGUCCGGAUCGGGCGGUUCAGGCGGAUCAGGUGGAUAUCCAAGCUCGUCCUACGGCGCUCCAUCCGGCAGCUACGGACCCCCGUCAUCCCAGUACGGAGUGCCAUCCUUCGGUGGUGGACGCGUUGUUGGAGUCGAUCUCGAGGGAAUAAGGCAGGCCAUCCAAGUUGCCCAGCUGCACCAGGUCAGCCAGGGUAGCGGCGGUGGUUCAUUCGGUGGAUAUCCAAGUGGACCCUCGGGAUACCCAAGUGCACCCUCCGGCAGUUACGGUGCACCCAGCAGGCCCAGCGGCAGCUACGGUGCCCCCUUCUAAGAAUCCAAAACCAUUAAUCUACAUCCCAAGGGCAUGAACCAACAACAUCAAUUGAAG